CGACCUCCCUUCACCCGAGGAGGUGGGGUUGUGGCCGUAGGUUCCGCCGCUGCGGGAGCUCGCAGCGCUCUCGGUCCGGCUUCCACGGAGGCGGCGGAGGUGGCGUGGGCGGCGACGGGCCUCCCGCGCUGCCGCGAUGCUGCGCUCCCGGGCCGAGGCGGCGAUGACAGCGGCUGACAGGGCCAUCCAGCGCUUCCUGCGGGCUGGGGCGGCAGUCAGGUAUAAAGUCAUGAAGAACUGGGGAGUUAUCGGUGGAAUUGCUGCUGCCCUUGCCGCAGGAAUCUAUGUUAUUUGGGGCCCCAUUACAGAAAGGAAGAAACGUAGAAAAGGGCUGGUGCCGGGCCUUGUCAACUUAGGGAACACCUGCUUCAUGAACUCCUUGCUGCAGGGCUUGUCUGCCUGCCCUGCCUUCAUCAGGUGGCUGGAGGAGUUCACCACCCAGUACACCAGGGACCAGAGGGAGCCCCCGCCACACCAGCACUUGUCCUUGACGCUGCUGCACCUCCUGAAAGCUUUGUCCUGCCAAGAAGUUACUGAGGAUGAGGUCUUAGACGCAAGCUGCUUGCUGGAUGUCUUAAGAAUGUACAGAUGGCAGAUCUCUUCCUUUGAAGAGCAGGACGCUCAUGAAUUAUUCCACGUUAUUACCUCAUCCCUGGAAGAUGAGAGAGACCGUCAGCCCCGGGUCACACAUUUGUUUGAUGUACAUUCCCUGGAGCAGCAGUCAGAAAUAACUCCCAAGCAAAUAACCUGCCGCACAAGAGGGUCUCCUCAUCCCAUGUCCAAUCACUGGAAGUCUCAACACCCUUUUCAUGGAAGACUUACUAGUAAUAUGGUCUGCAAACACUGUGAACACCAGAGUCCUGUGCGAUUUGAUACCUUUGAUAGCCUUUCCCUAAGUAUUCCAGCUGCUACUUGGGGUCAUCCGUUGACGCUGGACCACUGCCUUCACCACUUCAUCUCAUCGGAAUCCGUGCGGGAUGUUGUGUGUGACAACUGUACAAAGAUUGAAGCAAAAGGAGCACUGAACAGGGAAAAAGUGGAACACCAGAGGACCACUUUUGUUAAGCAGCUAAAACUAGGGAAGCUCCCACAGUGUCUAUGCAUCCACCUCCAGCGAUUGAGCUGGUCCAGUCAUGGCACACCUCUGAAGCGGCAUGAGCACGUGCAGUUCAAUGAGUUCCUGAUGAUGGACAUCUAUAAGUACCGUCUUCUGGGACAUAAACCUAGUCAGCCCAACGCUAAACUGAGUGAGAACCCAAGGGCUGUGCUGGAACUGCAGGAUGGGCCAUCAGCCCCAAAACCAGUUCUGAAUCAGCCAGGGGGCCCCAAAACACAAAUUUUUAUGAAUGGCGCCUGUUCCCCAUCUUUAUUGCCAACCUUGACGCCCACGAUGCCCUUCCCUCUUCCAGCUGUUCCUGACUACAGCUCCUCCACGUACCUCUUUCGACUGAUGGCUGUCGUCGUCCACCAUGGAGACAUGCACUCUGGACACUUUGUCACUUACCGACGGUCUCCACCUUCUACCAAACACCCUUUCUCCACCAGCAACCAGUGGCUGUGGAUUUCUGAUGACACUGUCCGAAAAGCCAGCCUGCAGGAAGUCCUGUCCUCCAGUGCAUACUUGCUAUUCUAUGAGCGUGUUCUCUCCAGGGUACAGCACCAGGGCCAGGAGUACAAGUAUGAAGAGUGACUGACCAGCCCUGGACCUGGAUCCGAUAGAGCUGUCCACAUUGUCAGGACAAAGCAAAGUCAUGGCGUCAUGGUGUGUGUGUAUGCGUGUGCACACGUUUGCAAGCAGCCCCACUAGAGCCCUUUGCCCUUCCAGCGUGUUCUAAGAGCAGGCUUCACACAGGGGCCAGCCCCAGCAGUUCACCAGUAUGCACUGGAAAAGUGUCAUCAUGUUAAGAAAGCACUCAUUGUGUAUAGAGCGUCUUUUUACUCACCCAAUACAGGUAAUUAAAAGAAAUCAGAUUCUGGAAGCCACAUUUUCUAUAUUGUAACAUGUUAGGUGUUCUCAGAGAGGAGUUACCUUUGUUGAAUCCUCUGACCUUUCAGGAUAGAUCUUAUUUUUAAUAAGCAGGCCCAUAAAAAUUAUUGACAAGAAUUAGCAAAAUCAUUAAAGGCAACAAUUUAAGAAGAUAAAGUGCCUUUCACUUUCAAUUGUUUUUGUAGCACAUCCAUUCUAAGAAAUAGGCAUUAUCCAAGAGUAGGGUAAACAUUUUUGCAAAGCUCCAUUCCUUCCAAGUAACUCAGAGGAUAUAAAAAAAAAACAGUUAAAAGAUGACUAAAGAACACCUCCCUCCAAUUUUUGUAUACCUUUUCUAAUCUUUCAGUUUUUAUUUAUGUAGUAAAAGUCUCAUCUGCCAAAUCUGCCCCCCUAGAUAAAUUUUUUCACUACUUUGUCAGUAACUAAGUGAAAUGCUUAUUUAUGUGCUGCUUUUGUCUUUUGUAAACUGGAUGGAGAGAUGUGAUUAUAUUGUAAAACUGGCUAGCCAGACUCGAGCAGUACCUCAGCAUCUGUGCCGUACCUUGGUCUCCUGUGCUCUGUAGAAAUCUUAUUACACAAUGAUGGUUGUUUUCCUGCUUAAUUUAUUGCCCAUGCAGAUCUGCAGUUUGUGUUUGGGGCCUUGUAAAAUGACAAUCUCUGCCUUAAUUUGAGAGCUGGAUUAGGAAGGCCUGGCGCUGACUCAUGGCUGCAGUCUCUCUGACAUUCCUUUCUUCAUUGUAAGGCAGAGGGUGGGAUUCCAUGGCCAACCCUUUCCACAGAGGAAGGCUGUGUCUCAUUUUUCAAACUUAACAUCAGCUGUAGAGCUGACAUCUAGGGCUGUGACUGUGUUCUAGGUCCAUACUCUUAAUUUAUUCUUUGUUUCGGGAGCCUAAUACAAGCACAGUAUACUGAGCAUUUUCCUCCCUUUUCAGAUAAGUCUCUUGAAUGCAGCCCAGGGCCGAAGAAGGCAUUUUGAUGACACAGUAUCUGUGUUUUAGCUAAGUUUGUAAUUUAAAAAUUUUAUAAAGGAUAUCAAAUUCAAACUGACUCUUUGGAGAUAAGAUUGGGAAUCAGAUCUAUCCAAAAGGUCACCUGAGGUCAGGCUGAGAACUCUUUCUCUGCUAAGAGUAAGCUGGCAGAACCUUCCAGACGUGCCUUGACAUCAGCUAAAAGUGCAAGAAGCAUAGGAGAUCACCAUGUGGCCGGACCCAAUGUGCAUCCUGAGGACACAGUAACUCUCCUUGCCACUAGAAUAUAUGUGAAGGUCUUCAGCCAGUGGACAUCAGUAUAAAAGCAGCAGCUUGAAUCUCCUAUCUUCAUUGUUAGCCCUGUAGACCUUGGUUUUGACUGCAUGACAAAUGAUUCUGUGACCUGAAACAUUGCAAAAUGUAGCUUCGAGUAACGCUGCUGUGCCAGUGAUGACUCUGAAAUUAGCCCUCAAAGACCGAUGUAUGGAAGGCCGAGCCUUCAGACACUCAGGUGUGAGCAGGUCUUUGGUCAGACUGAGGUUUGAGCCAAGGUUGCAAAUGUGAACAAUAACUUAGUGAAAGCUAACUUCCUCAUUUUCUAAGUUAUUAGGCAUUAGGUAGCAGCCAAAUAAUCUGGCUUCUACUUUUAAAUUAUUUACAAAGUAGCUUCUUUUUGGAAAAAUCUAAGUUACUAGUAGCUUAUGACAUAACUGCUGAUUUAUGUAUUUGCUGAAGGUACUUUUGUAUCUGCUAUGUAUUAUAGCAAUAAAAGAAUCAUUUUGCUAGGAAAAAAUCAA